UCAGAUUUUUUCUUCAAAACAAUCUUGUUCAACAACUCAAGACUGAACAGCCUCGCGUCGCUGAGUUUUUGUUUUUGAGUUUGGGGAGCAGAUUAGCAGUAGUGAGUGCACCUUGAUUGUGUUUUACCCUUGAGGCGUGCUCCCUCCGUCCAUCGCGAGCCAUGGCUAGCCUGUUUUCAGGAGCUUUCUCCACGCCAGUUGGUGCUCUAAUUGAACGGUCCACCAAGGAGGAUGGCGAUAUGCGAAAUGAUGGCAUAAAUCGUGCGAUAUGCUACGAAGUGACAUCAACGGACGAAGGGCCCGGCCACGCUGUGAAAGCCCUGAAGAAGCGACUUUUCAACAACAAGAACUGGCGCAUCGUGCUCAAUGCGUUGUCGCUACUCGAGUUGCUUAGCAGAGAGUGCGGACGUCCUUUCCAAGUUAUAAUUGCUCAGCGCGAGUUCUUGCAGUCUCUCGUCAAUCUGACUGUGCCCAAGGCCAACUCUCCCACGGUAGUGCGAGACUUUGUCCUGCUGCUGAUUCAGAAGUGGGCACACGACUAUGAAAACGUCCACGAGCUGGUGACGAUCUGCGCCAUGUACGAAACACUGAAGCAGAAAGGUACUGACUUUCCGUCGCGCGAGCUGUCUGAGUUGACUCCCAUCCUGAGCUUGCAGAGAACGGGGUCCGACUCACCACUAGGACAUCGGCACACGCCGGCGGCCGGUGGUGGUAGCCCCAGCCUACGCCAGAGCGCACGCCGGUCACCUUCCACCCCGCAGCAGCAGCGCUCCUCCCCCGUUCCCCAGGCCCCUGCCCCCGUCGCUGCUGGUGCCGUUCCCAGCGGACCCGUCCAGCCGUCGACGCAGCAGGAGACCAAGAUGCGCGCCGAGCUGAACAUCGUGCGCACCAACACCGACGUCCUCAAGGCUCUGCUCGAUGAGCUGACACCGGGACAGGAGGCCAUUGGCGACUUUCAACUGCUGCAGGACUUGAACAGCACCUGCCGCACCAUGCGUUCUCGCAUUGUGGAGCUUAUCGACCGAAUUUCCCACGACGAGCUUAUCUGUGAGCUACUAGGCACCAACGACCACCUGAACAACGCCUUCAUGGAGUACGACGCAUACAUGGCACGACGCAAUGCUGCCGGCAACACACAGCCGGCCGCUGGCGUGGAAACCGUAGCUGCGGCGACCACGCCGUCGGUGUUGGCUGCGCCUCCGUCGCCGUCCGUGCAGCGACCGCCCCAAGCAGCAACGGCGACGGCAGAUACUGGGGCUGGCGUAUCCCUGAUUGAUAUGGACGCAACCGGGGCACCGCCGACGCAAGCGAUGGGUGGCCUGAAUCUUGAUCCCUUCGCGCAGCCACCACCGCAGCCAGCAGAUGACGAUGAUGACUUUGAUAUGUUUGCGCAGAGUCGUGGCCAGAGUACGGCUGCUCCAGCAGUUAACCAAGCAGAUACAUCUAGGAAUCCGUUUGCCAGCGAUAUUGCAACGGGCGGCGGUGGUCCUAUGCAUGCAGGUACAGCUGCAGCACCAGUAUCGAGUGGCGGACCCGUCACAAGCUCAGAAUUUGACGACUUCCUGGCACGGCGGACCAACAUCAUACCGGCCACCACCAGCCCGGAGACGGCGGCAAACCUCUACAACCCGUCGCCACCCGUCACGCGUACAGCGACGCAGGACCGCACGCACGCACCAUCCCCGUCACAUCUGCAACAACAGCAGCAGCAAGCCGUACCCUCGCAGGACGCCAAUUUGCAGGAUCUGUUGGCCUUUGCUGCACCCGCCUCGCAGGCUACCAUGCAGACGGCGCAGAACCCGGUGCCGGGCGGUCGACCAGCCAUGCAGACUCACGAUCCCACCGCCGACAUGUUUGGCUUCUAGGAUUUCUAUUUCUCUCUCGGCACGCGUCACCACCGCCACCUGUUGUGUCGCCAGCUCACCUCCAGGGUGCACUGUCUCAGUGAUUGUGGUGCGCUCCGCAGACUUGAAUUGUAGUUGGUGUGUAUCGAGCUCGGGUGAAGCUCUCUCACGCUCUCUUGUUUGCGCACUGCUUGUCUGCGCACGUUUGACGUUGUACUGCUCUGCGUAACUUGGCUUUCCCCGUCACCAGCCCGCUGCUGUCUCGGAGCUCUCGGCGAACCUCUGCGUCCGGACCAGGAACAAGAUGAUUGUUGUUGCCCAUGUCCUGCUCUGCGUUUGCUUCGUGGCGUGUUUUUUGUUGGCCUGCAUGUGGGUGCUGAGGUGUGCGCGUGUCUGCACGUGUUGGUCUGUGUGUGCGUGUGUGUGUGUGUGCCCGCGUCCCGUUGUUGCAUUGAUUCGUCUUAUUCGACGUAAUAGUUUCGUCAUGGUUACCGGUAAUUUUUUACUCACACUGUUCAUGCUGGAGGUCGGAUGCUAGGCUGUCUAUUUUCUUGGGGGGUUUUGCCUCUCUUUUUUGCCCCUGUCUCUCUCCUCAAAGAAUUACCUCUUUGUCGUGAUCAGUUCGUUUCUGCCCUUGUGGUUCCAUGCAAGAAGCUUGUGUUACACCGCAGGCAUCAAUGCUUCCGAAACUAUUCUGAUGCCACUAGGUGUUUUCUCUCAUGUUCUCCGUUCGAUUCAUCGGCUGGGCGUCUCGCCGGGCCAUGUUUUCGCCCUGAGCCACCGUUUAACUGUUCUAGUUGCAGUUUCAUCUUUAGCUCAUGAGUUCUUGCUAGACGCCGUUCAAUUUUCAAUAUCUGCAGUUUGUUUCCUUGGCUACUGCUGCUUAGCACAUUCUUCGUGUACUUUCCCCCCGACAUACGCGUACACUGAAGUAUUUUGGGGCCCGUUUGCUGUUAUUACCUCUGCUCCAUUGAUACCCCCCCGCCUCUGCUGCAGAGCCUGGCGUGUCGGCCUUGCCUGUUUGCAACGAACUCCUCGCCAGCUGUAAUCUCGCUACGUUUCUCAACACAACUUUUAAAAAAACCUGCCUAGCCACUAUGCACGCUCCCGCUUGCCGCCCAACCUAACUCAUUUUUAUCUAUUAUGAUAGCUAUCCACGACAUACUCGCGCUCCAAUCCAAUCCGGAUCUCUUUUCGGUUUGUUUAUUUUUUUUGUCUCACGCGCCACCCGCCUGCGCUGGUAUUGCGGUUCUGUAGUUGCUCCUGUCCGUUGAAUGCUAUGCUGUGGCAGGCGCACACGUCUACUGUCUACAUGCUUGCCUCGAUUCUUUCCGUGCUGCUCUUCAUGUACACGUGAAUUCAGUAUUAAUCUGUUGA